AGACUUAGAGGUGCUGCCCGUCUGCUGCACUGCGACUGAGAGCUACCACCGCUCAUGACCAAAACACAAAGUCGUGGAUUCAAUCAAAUGAGCUAGUGCUAGGGGGGGAAAAUAUCAGAUUUAUCUUUCUAUUUAGUUUUAUAAAGUAACAGGGGAACGAGCAAACAUGUCUGAACUCAGCCAAACGUCUGACGAAGACGUGUCCCCUGAAGACAUCAAUGAAGACGAAAUCCUGGCCAACCUCUCCCCUGAGGAGCUGAAGGAGCUGCAGAGCGAGAUGGAGGUGAUGGCCCCUGACCCUGAGCUCCCCACAGGGAUGAUACAGAAGGAUCAGACAGAGAAGCCCCCAACAGGCAGCUUUGACCACCGCUCCCUGGUGGACUACCUGUACUGGCAAAAGGCGUCCCGGCGCAUGCUUGAAGAUGAGAGAGUUCCCGUCACCCUCCUGCCAUCUGAGAGAAUUACUGCAGAGGAGAUGGGAGAUGGUGGUGGCCCCGGUGACGCAGGUACCAGGAGAGGGCCAGAAACUGAUGGGAAAGAGCGGCAGUACAAAAAUGAGAGUGUGUCACAUGCAGUAACACAGCCUGGGGAGAUGAACAGAGAUGGAAGCAGUGAGGAGGGAGAGGAUGAAGAGGAGGAAGAGGAGGAAGGUGAAGAGGAAGAAGAUGAGAGUGAGUCAGAAACGAAGGAAACCUGUGUUAAUGAAAACCAUCACAAUGAUCAAACAAGCAAGCAACCAGGUACGGAAUCAGGGGAAACCACAGAAAAGUCAGAUGAAAAUGAAAAGAAAAUCUCAAAAUUGAACAUCCCCAAAAAGUUAGCAUUGGAUACCAGCUUCAUGAAGCUCAGUGCCAGACCAUCAGGAAAUCAAACCAACUUAGAAGAGAGCUUGGAGAAAGUCCGAAAAAACAAUCCGGAGAUGAAGGAGCUCAACCUGAACAACAUAGAGAACAUCCCCAAAGAAAUGCUGAUAGACUUUGUCAAUGCAAUGAAGAAGAAUAAGAACAUAAAAACGUUCAGUUUGGCCAACGUGGGAGCCGAUGACAAUGUUGCAUUUGCACUGGCCAAUAUGCUGCGUGAGAACAGAAGCAUCACCACGCUCAACAUUGACUCCAACUUCAUCUCUGGGAAGGGUGUUGUGGCCAUCAUGAGGUGCCUGCAGUACAACGAGGUGCUGACAGAGUUCCGCUUUCACAACCAGAGGAACAUGCUGGGCCACCAGGCUGAGAUGGAGAUUGCCAGGCUACUGAAGGCCAACAACACCCUGCUGAAAAUGGGCUACCACUUUGAGCUGCCGGGGCCCAGGAUGGUGGUGACCAACCUGCUGAGCAGGAACCUGGAUAAGCAGAGGCAGAAGAGGCAGGAGGGGCAAAGGCAGCAGCAAAUGAAAGAGCAGAGAGAGCUGAUCACCAUGCUGGAGAAUGGACUGGGCUUGCCACCUGGGAUGUGGGAGAUGCUGGGGGGGCCACUGCCUCAGCCCAGGCCUCAGGAAGCUCCCCCAGCACCCAAACCACCCAUCCCCACCUCAGCACCUCAGGGAUGGGGGAAGGAAAGCAUGCAGCCCGCAGCCCCUGAUCAGCCACGUGGGGCUGAGCCCAGCUUCAGGGUGAUCAAGCUGAAGAAGAUCCAACGCAAACCUGCUGUGCCCAAGUAUGUGGAGCCCACUGAGAAAACCAACCUCAAGGACGUGAUCAAGACCCUGAAGCCAAUCCCCAGGAGAAGGCCCCCUCCUCUUGUCGAGAUAACACCACGAGAUCAACUACUGAAUGACAUUCGUCAGAGCAACGUUGCGUACCUGAAACCGGUGCCAUUACCAAAGCAGCUGGAGUGAAAGACCCAAAGAAAACAACUCGGAGCAAAGACUGUUCAAGUUCUGCUUACGGUUGUUUCAGCAGAAGUUUUCUGCAGAACCCAGGUGGUGUAUGUGACUCUUUGGGAACAAAGCUUGCAAUAUGCACUUCUCUCAGUGUGAUGAAAAAGGCUGGCACAGGAAAAAUCAGCUCUAAGAGUUUCCAUCAGGUAUCAAAAUCCCAGUGCCAUCUGUCUGCCAAAUGGAUUCGAAGCUCCAGUUUGUUGUGGGAGGAUUUCCUCAGAGACAUCAAUAACCUUAAGUCUUUCUAGUAAACUAUUUUGCUUCCAUGUUGUCCUUCUGCUGUCCAAUUCUGCAGGAACACGCUGUGCUUUAGCUUAUCUUUCUUUUCACACACAUGCUCCUUGAUUAUUCUCUUGUCUAUGAGAAAAGCAUUUGGUCUCUAUGUAAACAGCUUUAUUUUUUAGGCUAAGGAAAUGAAUGAAAUAAAAGCUCUCUCCGUAAGAAGUGUGCAGCACAUCCAUGGCUUGUAAGAAGCUUGCAGAACAGAAUGCACUCUGGUGCAUGCUGAUUUCUAGCCAGUGUAUUUCAAAGCAGCCCAGUUGGUCUCAUACCUGGCCAGCACGUAAAAGAUAAUGCCACGCUGUUUCGAGAGCUUAAUCUUAAUCUCAUGUACUUCACCCUUGGAUCAGGCUCCACACCACCACCACCUUGGGAUGCACCAAAACGCCGCUGCCAACCUCUCUCAUACUGCUUUCAAGCACCUGGGGGAUGAGCCCUAACCCUCUCUUUGUAACCUGAAUAUGCACGGCUUGUUUUUACUUUAAAAUUUUGAAAUCUUUUAUCCCCCUCCAUUUUAAUUGCAUCAGAUGGUUUUGCUGCAAGACUUUUCUACAGCAGCUACAACUCAUUCUCCUGUGGAUCGCAGCCAUGUGAGAUCAGCUUUUUCUCUUCUUUUCCCUGAGUUACUGGAAGCUACAAAGCUUAUUUCUGCAAAGUCACAUUUGAUCCACUCCCCUCCUCCCAGCCAAGCCUUCCCCUUUGCUAACAUUCACCUCCUCUGCCUUCCUGUGGCUGAUCCACUCACUCGGAACGCCCACUUUGCAGCUUGUGGCAGGCCUUCCUGCAGGUCAGUCUCUCCUUGCUGCCUACGACUGUUUGCAAUGGUUCUCUGGCAGCUAAAUCCUAGUGCUGCUCAGGGCACGGCUCCUAGUAACCUUAGAAGCAGGCAGAAAUCCCUCCCAGGUAAUUAGAAGAAAUGUAAAAUCGCAGUUAAGCAGAGUUAUGUAAGAGACUGAAACAACAUGAACAAAUACUUAUAUAUCUGUGCUUCUGCAGACAGGCUUUUGCAAGGAUGCAAGAGCAAGGCUGCAUCAUUCCUUCAGCUCACAAGCAGCUCAUGCCUCAGCAGCAUGAAUAGAGACAGCAACCAAAACCAGAAUUCCCCACAAGCACUGUUUCAUGGCAUGAAUGGUAGGGUGACCACAGCUCUCCCACCACCACCCUGCUGAGGUCACCAGCAUCCACCAGCUGAGGUUAAGCAUCAUGUUUCCCAUCCUGAAAGAAAUACACUCAGUAGUCACCAUUAGAGUUUAUUUUUCUUCAUAACUGUGCAGUUCUUUAAAAUUCUACAGUAAUGAUGAAGCCAUAGGCUACUAUCUUGAAGUGUGGAAACAGUU